AUGUCUGGCAAGUCUCCCGAUCCAAAACCUGUUCAGGAUUUCCCUAGCUCGCCAUUCACACGGCAACCACAGAGAUCUCCUGUAGUUUCUCCAAUUAAGAAGCCGAAUACCCCCUCGCAACUGGGAACCCCGAAAUCCAGGGGCUCCUCUAGUCCUCUUAAGAAACCAGCACUAAUUGACCUAACACCAGUUAUUAAUGUUGAAAGGUCACUGAGAGAAAAAAUAUCUUCACUGGAAUUCCAGGUAUCAUCUCUGCUUGAAGAGCGUGAACUUAACAAAAUACUAAACGAAAAGUCCAUCCGUGAGCUGGAAAUCAAGGUUAAGGACGAAGGAAAGCGUGCAGACAGACUAGAAACCGAUAAUGCUUAUUUAUUUGACCGCCAAAAAUCUUUUUCGCAACAGGUUGAAACUCUUAAAGACGAGUCAUCGAGUCAACAAGAAACUUUGAACGAGACCAUAAACACUCUUCGACAGGAAGCACUUAAUUCUCAGCAAUCUUAUUCAAAACUCGAAUCAGAUUAUACAGCUUCUCGGGAAUUACUGGAAAGCAGAACUAAUGAUUUUGAAACAAAGCUCCAGUCGGCAAUUAAUACAAGUACUCAGCUUUCGCAGCAACUGGAAUCAACAAUUACACAACUCAAUCAAUCCAAAAUUAAAUGCAUUGAAUUGGAAGAUGAAGUCACUAAACUAACAGAACAAAAUAAUGCAUUUAAAAAUCAACCACAAGAAGCCAAAAAUACAGAAAUUGUUCAAAACCAGCUACAUGAGCAGCUCGAGCAUAUUAACAAACUUGAGCAAGUGAUUUCUAGCCAAAAAACAAAGCUCCAAAGUUUUGAAGAUAAUCAACAGCUUGUAUCUGUAAUUGAAGAGCAAAAGGAAUCUUUGGAAAAGAAGCUGGAGUUUAUGGAGGAACUGCGCACUCAACUUGUGGAUGUGGAAAUGAAAUUGGCCGAGUCUCAGGCCCAGCAGGAAAAAUGGACAUCCUUUCUGGAAAAGGAUGAGACUUUUAAUUCACCUGAAGACGUUAUGAAAGAUCUUAUGGUUUUGCGGACCGAGAAAAAAAAUUUAGAGGAACGGAUCAGCCGGUUGGAGCUGGAACUUUCUCAGUCAACACCAACAAUGGAACAAAUGACCCAACAAAUUGAUAAACUGGACCAGGAAUUAAGCGAUGCCAAAGAGCAGAUUAUCAAGGAAUCUGAAGCACGUAUGAGACUUCAGAGACAGCGUGAUUUGGCACAAACUGAAACGAGUUUCUUGCGUGGCCAAAUCAAAUCAUAUGAUUCUGAGGAAAGUGUUUUGCUACAAAAGAUUAAUAACAACAUCUCUGCCAAAUCAACAGAAUCAGGUCUGACAGACGGAGAAAAUAUUAGCAAUACUAAAGAGAACUUGGCGUUUCUUGAUAAUAUAAAGAAUUCUCGGAUCACCCAACUUGAACAAGUUUUGGAAAAGUAUCGAGGCGAAGUGGGACUCUUGUCAAAGGAACUUGAAAAACGUGACGGUACGACACCCAACAUUGAAUCCUUCAGUCCUCUUAAGCGGAAAAUCACACCUUUUAGCUCUGGCGAGCGUGUCGGCGAACUCACUCGCAAAAUUCGCACACUGCAAGUAGAACUUGACAAUACCAAAUUGGCUCUCGAUACACGUACCAAGGAACUUGACGCUGCAAAGAAACAAGUGGCUAAGCUUGAAAAGAUGCAACGUUCCCGUGAAAAUCACGGCAGUGGACCUAAGCUGAGGAUUCUCGAGCUUAAAGAUAACCCAGCAGCACGCAAUGAGGCGGUCAAAAUGUCUACAUUGCGAGCGCUCAAGAAGGAGAACGAGGGCUUGCUGGAACAAUUGUCUCAAAAACAGACAGCAGCAGGUGACCGUAAGCUAGUUCCCUACUCGUCUCUUGAGGCGAUGCGUCAAGAGAAAAUUGCACUCAACACGACGAUUGCGGAUCUCAACAAGCGAUUGGACCGACUCAAGCAAGUUUUCUCCAAACAAUCACUCGAGUUUCGCGAGGCAGUAUAUGCGCUUGUCGGGUACAAGGUGGAUCUUUUGCCCAAUAAGAAGAUUCGUGCAACAUCUAAGUUUGCGGCAUCUGAGGAUGAUUGCUUUAUCUUUGUUCCUGAAAAACGACCUGGCAGUAUCGGCGGAAGCUUAGGAAGCAGUGGCAAAAUCAAAUUCACAGGCAUUGAAGACGGUCCUCUAACCACUGAGUACGAUAACCUAGUGACUUUUUGGAUUAAGGAACGGCAUGAUAUACCUUGUUUUUUGGCUGCGCUCAAUCUAGAGUUAUACGACAAAACGACCAAAGCUGCUAGUUUUUAA